AUGCGCGUCCUACCUCUUCUGCUCGCGCUGUCCUCCGCUACGGAGGCAGUGUCUGUGGGGCAGCGCCGGAAGGUUGUCCGGUCAUUCAAUGUCCGCCGGACCAAGAAUUCCGAUUCCACGCCGUUGCAAGUUGGCAAUGGUAACUUCGCCUUCGGAGCCGAUAUCACGGGCUUGCAGACAUUCAAGCCAUAUGCCAUCAUGUCCCACAUGGGCCUGGCAGAAUUUCAGCCUGCCAACGGCCCCUGGACAGACUUCCACUACACGGGCCUACAGAUGUGGACGCACGGCAGACUUGUCACGUAUGAAGUGCCAAACUCUGCCCAGAACGACAUCUCCAACUGGCUCAGAGAGAACCCUCAUCGCCUGAAUUUAGCCAACGUGGGGUUUGACUUUGGGCGCCAGGGUGUCACAGAGGACGACUUGCAGCACAAAUCCCAGACACUCGACCUGUGGACAGGGAGGCUCUCGUCAUCCUUCGUAUACGAUGGGUCUCCCGUCAAGGUCGAGACAUGGGCCGAUCCUGAUUCGGAUACCAUCGCCGUCAGCAUCAACUCGAAGCUCCUGAAACGAGGUCUGGGCCUCUUCUUCGACUUUCCAUACCCUGACAAGGAAAAGUUCAAUGCCCCCUUUGUCGGACACUUCAACCUCACGUCGAAACACUCAACCCUGCUCGACAACCUGUCGUCCAACUCUGCCAGGAUAAAGCAUGCUCUGGAUGCCACAACCUACUACACGCACGUGUCAUGGAGAGGCCAGGGCAAGAUGAGCGGCCCGACAAACGGAACCCACCGCUACACCUUCACCACGUCUCAGACGAGCACCCAACUGAUCGUCACUCUCUCGCCCAGCCCCAACGCACAAGAACGCACCAUCACCUACUCCGGCGUGACCACGGCCUCCCGCACCUGGUGGCAAACCUUCUGGACGACAGGCGCCUUCAUCGACCUGACCUCGGUCACCGACCCGCGCGCCCACCUUCUCCAGCUGCGCAUCAUCCUCUCCCAGUACCUCACCGCCAUCAACUCGGCCUCCAACGGCUGGCAUGGCAAGUUCCACCUGGAAAUGACCCUCUGGCACACGCUGCCCUUCGCGCGCUGGAACCGCUUCCCGCUGCUCUGGCGCAGCCAGCCGGCCACGUACGAGCAAUUUCUGCCCUCGGCAGUCGCCCGCGCGCGGAUGCAGGGCUACGGGGGGGCGCGGUGGGGCAAGAUGAGCGACCCGUCGGGCCGUAGCGCGCCGGGGGAGAUCAAUGCGCUGCUGAUCUGGCAGCAGCCGCAUCCAAUGUAUUUUGCCGAGGUCGAGUAUCGGGCGCAUCCAAACGUGUCGACGCUGAGGAGGUGGGACGGGGUGGUGAGCGCGGCGGCGGAGUUCAUGGCGUCGUAUGCGUGGUGGAAUCAGAGUUCGGGGGUGUAUGACUUGGGCCCGCCGAUGUAUCCUGUUUCGGAGAACACGAAUCCCAAUUGCACGCGGAAUCCGACGUUUGAGUUGGCGUAUUGGAGGUUUGGGCUGGAGGUUGCGGUGCGGUGGAAGGAGCGGUUGGGCGAGGCGGUGCCCGCGGAGUGGGUUGCCGUGAGGGACCGACUGGCGCCGCUGCCCAUGGUGGACGGGACGUACGUGGUGUAUGAGGGGAUCGAGGGCAUGUGGACGUCGAAUGCCACGACAAAUGGCCAUCCGGCUAUGGCGGGGCUUUAUGGGCUGCUGCCGCCACCGGCGAGUGGGAAGCCGUUGGACACGGAAGCUCUCAAGAAGACGGCGGCCAAGAUUAGGGAGUUGUGGGCGCUGAAAUACUCGUACGGGUGGGACUUUGCCAUGCUGGCCAUGAAUUCGCUGCGGCUCGGUGACCCCGAGCAGGCGGUUGAGUAUCUCCUGCAUCCCAUCUUCCAGUUUGAUGAUGCUGGGUACCCCGUCGGCGGCUCCAGGGGGAAGACGGGACACUGGCCUACGUCCUGGGAGAAGGAUGUGCAGGUAGGGGGCUUCCUGCCCGCUUUGUGA